AUGUCCCAGGUGAGCGGCCAGCUCCCCUCUCUCUGCGACGCGCCCCAUGGAGGCCCCAGCGCAGCCCCGGCCCCAGCCCAGACCCAAUCACUCCUACCUGGGCUGGAGGUAGUAACAGGAUCGGCUCACCCUGUGGAGGCAGCACCAGAGGAGGGCUCCCUGGAGGAGGCAGCACCCCCCAUGCCCCAGGGCAAUGGCCCUGGGGCCUCCCAGGCCUUGGACAGCACUGACCUCGAUGUCCCCAAAGAAGCUGUGACAUGCCAGCCUCAGGGGAACCCCUUGGGCUGCACCCCACUACUGCCAAAUGGCUCUGGCCACCCCUCGGAGCUGGGCAGUGCCAGGCGGGCAGGGAAUGGUGCCCUGGGUGGACCCAAGGCCCACCGGAAGUUGCAGACACACCCAUCCCUCGCCAGCCAGGGCAGCAGGAAGAGCAAGGGCAGCACAAAGUCCGCCACCUCGCAGAUCCCCCUGCAGGCACAGGAAGACUGCUGCGUCCACUGCAUCCUGUCCUGCCUGUUCUGCGAGUUCCUGACGCUGUGCAACAUCGUGCUGGACUGCGCCACAUGCGGCUCCUGCAGCUCCGAGGACUCCUGCCUCUGCUGCUGCUGCUGCGGCUCCGGUGAGUGCGCCGACUGCGACCUGCCCUGCGACCUGGACUGUGGCAUCCUGGACGCCUGCUGUGAGUCCGCCGACUGCCUAGAGAUCUGCAUGGAGUGCUGUGGGCUCUGCUUCUCCUCUUGACCCAUGGUCAGGGCCGGCCUGCGGGCACUCCCAGCACAGCUUCCAGCAGGGGCCGGCUAAGUGGGACCGGCUCCAGGGCUGUCACACAGAGCUUGAUAAACCCCCUCCCCCUGGUCCCCUUCCACCCACCCAGAGACCUCUCUGAACCCCAGCCCCAGUGAGAAGGGGGGUCGCUCAGAGGGGCCACCUCAGCUGUGGGAGCUGGGCCCAUGGCAGAGAAGCCUGUCCUCCUUGCUGAGUUAGCAGGGACAGACGUCGCCGGGACCUGGUGGGAUGGGAUGAGCCUAGGGGAAGGGGUAGGGUAGGGGUCAUUCCCCAGGACCAGCCGCCAGGGCUGCGGAACACUGUGAAAGUUGGGGGGGUCAGGACCAUGGGGAGGGCAGGGCCGGGGUUGGGGCUGUGUACCUCUCACUGCUCCUGGUGCCGCCUCUCCCUGCCACCCCAGGCUUAGAGGACAGCAAAAUGUGAAAAGAGACCCCAUCCCACUGUCAGCCAAGCCCCUCCCAUGUCUCCUUUCCUGGACUUUUGUGGAGGCCCAACCCAUGCAGUGACCCCAGAGGGCAGGGCUAGACGUGGGCCUGGGGUGGGGUGGGAGGGGAAACAGUACGGAAAAGACUGGAAGGGGAGAGGGAGGGAAUGGAGGGAGGGUCUGUUCUGUUUGUUGCUGUAAAUAAAGAUGUUUGUCCAUCUCAGAUUUCA